GUGUCCAGCUUCGUGGCCGGAGAGCUUAGCUACUACCAGACCAGCAGCCAGGUGACCUCGGCCAUUUCCUCCGCUUUGUCGAGUUAUGACAACAGCUCUCAAGUCGACAACAAAAUCAUUACGGCCCUUUUGGACUUCUACACAAGGGCCGAGGUGGACCAGGCCAUCGCCAACGUCGAUUUCUCGGGCUACUACACUUCUGCACAAACAAACCAGGAGAUCGCCGACGCCAUCGCCGGGCUGGUGGGCGUCUACGUGCGCUGGACGGAGCUUCAGGCUCCGAUCAUCAACGAGAUCAACAUUGCGCUGCUCGACUAUGACACCUCGAGCGAGGUGGAUAGCAAGAUUUCCGGGGCAGGCUUCCUUGACCAAACCACAGGAGACGCUCGCUACUUGGUGCGUGCGCCGGCCCCGGAGUCGGGACAGACUUUCAACUUGGUGCAGGAGCAGUUCACGCCACGCAUCGUGCGCAAUCUGUUGCUCCGGCAGCCGCUGGCCGGGGCCGGCAUACUCGGCAACUUUAGCACCCUGGAACUCACCUGCGACUGCUACUCUAAGAGCGAGAGCGACUCGCGGUACCUGAGCCCCACCGACCUGGGCUCUCUGGACGCUCGCUACUUCCCAAACAAUGGGGGGCCCGAAGGUAACGGAAUCUUCAAUCUCAUCCAAACUCAGUUUACCCCCAAAAUUGCGCAAAGCGAUGGGCGGUACCCUUUGCUCGCCAACUUCAACAGUUUGGGUACCACGGUCAAUUCUUUGUCCACUCGCGUGACUGACAUAGAGAACAACGGAGGUAUCGCCCCCACCACCGAUCUGACGGUAAACAGCGUCACGGCGAGCACUUUCCUGGACACCCCCGAGCUGCGGAGCUCAGCGGGAGAUCUGCAGGUCCAGAACGCCCUGGUGACCACGGCGGCCACGGGGCCUUUCAACUCCAACUCCACCAUCACGGCCAACGGCCUCAUCUCGGCAAACGGCGGCUUGGCCGUCGCGGGCAUCACCACCUCGGACAGCGUGGAGCUCACCACGGAGCUGCGCAGCCCCAUCAUGAAGGCACGGCCCACGGACGACUACCUGACCAUCACCGGCGGCACCCAGGGCAUCUACGUGAACACAGGCGCCGUCUACAUGGGCGGGGCGCUGGUGGCAGAUCCUGGUCUGGUGACCACCAGCAGUUGGCUGCAACUCGUCGGGGGAACACUGGGCGUGCAGCACCAGUGCGAGACGAUGCAGGUUUUGGGCAACCAGCCCAUCGUCACCGCGGAGGUGACAAACACCUCAGGCACUGGAUUUGCGCGGCUGCGGCUCCUGGCCAACGGCGGGAUCGGCGGCGCGGACUUGGAGGUCGCCUCCAGCGGCGGCUGCACGCUGGCCAGCAUCAACCAGACGAUUAGCUUCACAAACGUCAGCGGGGGCUUCAGCUCUGCCAACGUGAUCAUCUACCCGCAGAGCAACGCGAGCCUCCCCGGCUGGAUGGUCGCCACCUACGGCUUCACGGAGGCAUCGGACCAGCGGGUUAAAACCAACGUGCGGGCGAUCAAGAACCGGGACAUGGUCGAAAUUUUCGACAACGUCCAGCCCAAGAUCUACGACCGCUCGGACAGCGAGCAAAAGGACCAGAUUGGCUUCAUCGCCCAGGAGGUGCAGGCCGCCGGGAAGCUGGGGCCCCU